AAAAACGAAGAGAGACCUUGGACUCGCGUAACGGCAACAAAUCUCUCUCUUUCUCUUUCACUCUUCCAUCGAUAUCUGUGCGCUUUCGCUUUCUCCAUCUUAUUAAGCUCUCUAAAUCUCUCUCUCUCUUAGGGUUUAAGAGACUAUCUUCUAGUUGUCGAUACCAGAUCUCUCUGUACAGUUUCGCCCAUGGCUUCACUUCUUCCAAGCUCCUAUAGAUUCCUUGGAAAUGGUCAUCAUAGAGUUGAGAUGUUGCCAAGAACUGAUUCAAGGAUAUUCACCUGGUUGGAACCGGUGAGUUGAGAUGUAUUGUUGUUAUGCCCCAGGUUGGGUUAGGGGAAUGAAGCCAUUGGUCCGUGCUUGUAGGAUAGAUGUAUAAAAAAAGUUUGAUGUCUAUCUUCUCUUCCGUUUGGAAAUUAUUUGGGUUCUUGAACUAUAAUCAUUUCUGAUUCUAAUUCAAAGUUUUUUCGAUAGAUUUAUUGAAUCAUACACAUCAAUCUUAUUAUUAAGUUUCUGCACUACAAAGAAUUUUACUCUGCAUUCAUCAUACAUCCUGAGAGAGUCAGAGUAGGGUCUUAGUGUUAGAAAUCACGACAAUGAGAUAUCCUACAACAACCACAUAAUCAAAUUGAAAGCUAUACAUGUGAUCUCGCGUUGUUUUGACAUAUGAGUCAUGGAAGGAAUGCGCUUGUGCUGUCUCUAGGUGGAUCAUGACCUUGUGAGACUUCUUGUGAAUGAGCCUUACCUGGGCAAAGCCAAGACGAUGGGAAUACCUUCUUUCUUGAUUCAGGAUUUGACGCCUUCCUUUCACCGACGGCACCCGAGAAACUCCUGAGUUCGUUAAGCCGCUUCAUCUUCUCCUUGUUCUGUUUCUUCUUUUGGAAGAAGAGGAAGAAUGAAGCCAACACUUUGGUCCCUUGCUUCCCAGAUGAUGAUGAUGAUGAUGAAGAAGAAGCUUUCCGAAGUUUCAAAUGCCGGUAAUGGUGUCUGGGACAGCUCCUGGUGAUUCUGAUCAGGAGGUUCUUACAACGCCGCAUAAUCUUCUGAUUAAAUGUAACUAGUGAUGCAGUGGCUCUCAUCUCGUGUUAUUAAAACCGAAAGCAAGUUCUGAGAGAAAAAUUAGAGAGACAAAAACAGGAUCUGUGUUGCUCUGUGCCUUAGGUGGGUUCUCUUUUGUAGCCAUAAUGUUGAAAAUUUGGUAGGUGGGUUUCACGUUUUUCUCUCUUAACAUAAGUUUGUGGUAAGCCAUGAUUGUGCUCUUCCCUCUACUAGUCUAUACUGACAAAGUCCUCUUACUAAAAGUGUUCUUAAACUAAAAUUUGAAAGGUCACACAAAAAGGGAUAUUCUGUUUUUAGUAAUACAAAAGGGCAAAUUUCAAA